AUGAAGACAGCUGUGGUCCUCCUACUGGUUGCUGCCGCCGUGGCCGACAAACCGAACUCCGAGUUCGCCAUCCUCCGCAGCGAGCAGCACCACCCCAACUCCGAGGGCGCCCACAGCUUCGACUUCGAGACCGAGAACGGCAUCAACUUCCACGUCUCCGGCUCCCAGGGCGCCACCGGCGGCGCCAACAGCAUCGGCGACUGGAGUUACCCGCUGGGUGACGGAUCUAAGGCCGAUUUCAAGUUCGUGGCCAACGAGAACGGCUACCAGCCCGAGUCCUCCCUCCUGCCCGUGGCCCCCGCCUUCCCCCACCCCAUCCCCGACUUCGUCCUCCGGCAGAUCGAGUUCGCCGAGCAGCAGAGGGCGGCCGAAGCUCGAAAGGCUUAA